AUGAAUAACCAACCGUCGCAAUACCACCUCAUCCACCGCCUCCGCGACUGUAAAGACUCCACCUCCGCGACUUCCCUCCAUUCCGUUGCGAUAAAGUGGGCCUCUUUACGGGACACAUUCACCGCCAACCACCUCAUCAACUGUUAUGUCAGGCUCCAAAACAUGGACUCUGCAGCCAAGGUGUUGGACGAAAUGCCUCAACCAAAUGUCGUGUCGUUUACCUCGCUCAUCUCCGGCUACGUCAGCACGGCUCGCCCCGAUGCAGCACUGUGGCUGUUCGGGAGAAUGCUGGACUCUUUGGUUCUGCCCAACGAGUUUACUUUCGCCACUGUCAUUAACGCAUGCUCCACGCUUGCUGAUCUCGAAACAGGCAGAAAGAUUCAUGCCCAUAUUGAGAUUUCGGGCGUGCAGAAAAACCUCGUUGUGUGCUCCUCGCUGGUUGAUAUGUACGGGAAAUGCAACGACGUCGGUGGCGCUCGGCGGGUUUUUGACUUGAUGGGAGGUGGGAAUGUUGUUUCUUGGACUUCGAUGAUUGCUGCUUAUGCACAGAACGGAGGAGGCCAGCAAGCGCUCGGGCUUUUUAGGGAAUUUACUCGGGGGAUGUUGGAGCGUCCGAAUCAUUUCAUGUUGGCCAGUGUUGUGAACGCUUGCGCAAGCUUGGGUCAGUUAGUUUCUGGCAAAGUUGCACAUGGAGCAGUGAUUCGGCGUGGCCAUGAGUUGAAUAAGGUGAUUGCGAGCGCAAUUGUUGACAUGUAUGCUAAAUGUGGGUGUGUUGAGUAUUCUCAUAAGGUUUUCAGGCGAAUCCCAAAUCCGUCUGUAAUACCCUAUACUUCGAUGAUUGUGGCUGCUGCCAAGUAUGGACAGGGGAAAAUGUCGAUUCAACUCUUUGAAGAAAUGAUCGAUAGAGGAAUAAGACCCAAUGAUGUCACUUUUGUUGGUGUCUUGCAUGCUUGUAGCCAUUCAGGGCUUGUGGAUGAAGGGCUCCAAUACUAUGAGUCUAUGCAUGAAAAUCAUGGAAUAUCCCCAAAUGCAAAGCAUCAUACUUGCAUUGUUGACAUGCUUGGUAGAACUGGCCGUCUCAAUGAGGCGUACAAACUUGCCAAAUCCAUCCAAGCCGAACCAAAUCAAGAAGCCUUGGUGUGGGGGACACUCCUUUCGGCAAGUAGGCUUCAUGGAAGGGUUGACAUUGCUGUUGAUGCUAGUAGACGGCUAAUAGAUUCCAACCAACAGGUAUCAGGUGCAUAUGUUACAUUGUCAAACGCUUAUGCAUUGAGUGGGGAGUGGGAGACUGCCCAGGGUCUUCGGUCAGAAAUGAAGCGUACUGGGGUUAGGAAAGAACCCGGCUGCAGUUGGGUUGAGAUUAAGGACUCAAAUUAUGUGUUCUACGCUGGAGAUGUAUCAUCAUGUGCACGCCAGAGUGAGGUGAUUACUUUGCUGAGGGAGUUGGAGGGUAAAAUGAAACAAAGAGGGUAUGUAGGAGGGAGUAUAGGUUUGGUCUUUAUUGAUGUAGAGGAGGAGGCCAAGGAGGAAAUCGUUGGUCUUCAUAGUGAGAGAUUGGCGCUGGGUUUUGCAUUGCUGAGUAUACCUAAAGGAGUCACCAUUAGAAUAAUGAAGAACUUGAGAAUGUGUAAUGAUUGUCAUGAAGCUUUCAAGCUUAUUAGUGAUAUUGUUGGGAGGGAAUUCAUUGUUAGAGAUGUGAAUAGAUUUCAUCACUUUAAAGGUGGCUCCUGCACUUGUAGGGAUUUUUGGUGA